UCCAGCAGGUGUCAGGGUGGAGUCGCAGAGCUAGAGCAGCCGCGGGUUUGUUUUCCUUAGCCGUUAGCAUAUGAAGCUCUCGUAAAAGAUGCCCGUGUCUGUCAUGAUGGCUGAAUUUGAUGAAAAGCUGCUAUUGCAGUUUGAGACCCAAGAGCUGGAGGCUCCUGGUGGCAUUGCUACGCCUCAAGUGUAUUCCCAGUUACUAGUCCUGUAUCUCCUGCACAAUGAUAUGAAUAAUGCCCGAUACCUUUGGAAACGGAUACCACAGGCAAUCAAAACAGCAAACCCCGAGCUGGCUUCUAUAUGGGCCGUGGGACAGCGUAUCUGGCAGCGAGACUUUCCAGGGAUCUACACAGCUAUUGCUGCUUACCAGUGGUCUGAAAGCAUUCUCCCUGUGAUGGAAGCUUUAAGAGAGUCCACCCGUAGGAGGGCAUAUGGGCUGGUAGCACAAGCUUACACCUCUAUCAGUGCAGAGGACUUUGCUGCGUUCGUGGGAUACUCUGUAGAAGAGGCAGUCAAAGGUGUAGUUAGCCAUGGGUGGCAGGCAGAUCCAAACACCAGGAUGAUCAUGCCACAGAAACCAGAUCCGCCCCCGGUCUCUCUGGUUCCAAACGAACAACAGCUGGCCAGACUUACCGACUACGUGGCUUUUCUUGAGAACUGAUAAGCACUCCAUCCUCUUCCAUCCUCUUCCUCACCACCUUUUAGAUACUCAGUUUUAUGGAAGAAACCUGUGGUGUCCAGGAUCCUUCACAUACAUUCAGUGAUGGAGCCACCAUCUUUCUUUUGUCUCUUUUGGUUCUUGAACUUGUCACCCUCAGUGAUGUAGAAAAGUUUCCAGAUUGUCUACUUUGGAGUAUGACUUUGCUGUCAGUGUUGUAAAUUAUUGUCUUUCGGCAUAAAUACUUAACUAUACGACAUUAUUCAGUCUUUUGUGAUGUUACAAAAAAUUGGAUCCUAAUUUCAUACUAAUAAAGACAAGUAUGCGAUUUAGGUUCAGGAUGGUUUGGACUUCCAUUUACGAAUGUUGUACAAAAUUAUGAUCAUAUAAAUUUUGGCACAGCAGUCAAAAUGGCUUCUUCUUGCAAAAUAAACCAUGGUCAUAUUACUGAAACCAUGCAUUCAAUUAUGCAUUAUGUAGACAAUAUUUUCUUUUGUUGUUGCAGUGAGCAAAAUGUUAUCAUUUUAAAAACCUCUAAAAUCUUCCAGAAUAAUAGGUUUAGGAAAUGUCAGUUAUGAAGCAGGAAUAAAGGAAUAUUUCAGUUUAUGAUAGCUGGUAAAAAAACCCCUAAAAAGUCAUUCUUAGCAAAGGUAUUGUUUACCAGUGUGAACAACUGACAGUUCAAAGCAGCUUAUUUUGGGAGGCGCACAGUUGUAUUUAAGAUGUUUUCCACUGUCUGACAAGUGUUUUGUUGACAGUGCAUUUCUGUCUGUCUGCUGCUCAGAUGUUAUGCACUGCCUCCUUGGUUUCUCACGCAGAGCGGAUUUGAGAAAGUAGAGGAAACGUACCAGCUGUUGGCCACUGUCACAUCUUUUCAGCUUGAGAAUAAAAGUGCGAUCCAUAUGGUACUGUGAGAAUGUUAACUUCAUCCAUUUUAUCAUAUAUUUGUAUUUGAUUUUUAUUUUCCUGUCUUGCAUUUGCUCUUCUUUUUCAUUUUGAGGUUGCACCAACCCGGUCCUAUUCAGUGUUUGAUUCCGCAGAUAUUAUUAUUAUCUUGUUUAAGUUUCCCUGUGGUUUAGCAUCUUGUUUAAGAUCAGCUGGCUGUCUGACACUUGACAAGUUCACUAUUUGACCUUAUCUGACAUAAAACCUUCAAAUUUUACUUCAGUGCCGGAACCGUUAUGUUUAUACUUAGCAUAUUUUAUUUCUGAAUAUUUUACAGGAGACUCUGCUUCUAAUCCUUUGGACUUUCCAACAUAAUCCUGCAGACAUCAGUUUAGUCUAUUCUCUAAAACAAAAAAUGCUGGAAUGUUGACAAGCCUCAUAUGGUUGUGAAUGCAUUUCCUAUGAGGUGAAUGCAUUAAACCUGCAGACCUUGUUUUAA